ACGCAGUUGAAGGGGCGUGGCUUGCUUUGCGAGACGCUGCGUUCAAUGACGAGGAAAAAGUAGUUAUUUUUUUAGACUCUUGGCUCCCUGAACGCAUCGUCGCUUCUGACGUUCCGCCUGUGCGCGUGCACGCGUGUGGGUCUCCGGCGUGGGCGCAGCGGAGGUCUCUCCUAUAAAAGACGGAACCACCACCCUCAUCAUCAUCAUCAUCAUCAUCAUCAACACCACCACGCGGCAAACAUGUCCCGAACCGACGAGGUGCACCGAAUCACGGAGAACGUCUACAAGUCCAUCAUGGAACAAUUCAAUCCAUGUUUGAGGAACUUCGUUGCCAUGGGGAAAAGUUACGAGAAGGCGCUGACCAGUGUCACGCACGCCGCUAAGGGCUACUUCGACGCUCUGGUGCGGAUGGGCGAGAUGGCCAGCCAGAGUCAAGGCGCUAAGGAUCUGGAGGAAACAGCAUGGGAGGUUCUCUUUCAGAUGGCUGAAGUGCACCGCAGGAUCCAGAUCCAACUGGAGGAGAUGCUGAAGUCCUUCCACAACGAGCUGCUUACUGAGCUGGAGAAGAAGGUGGAGAUGGACGCUCGCUACCUCAACGCGGCGCUGAAGAAGUACCAGACGGAGCACAGGAGCAAAGGCGAGAGUUUGGAGAAGUGCCAGGCUGAACUGAAGAAGCUGCGGCGUAAGAGUCAGAGCAGCAAGACGCCGUCCAAGUACGGCGAGAAGGAGAUGCAGUACAUGGAGGCCGUGAAUGCCAAGCAGAGCGAGCUGGACAACUACAUCGCCGAAGGCUACAGGAGCGCCGUGUCGGAGGAGAGGAGGAGGUUCUGCUUCCUGGUGGACCGCCAGUGCGCCGCCGCCAAGAACAGCGGCAGCUUCCACGGCAAGGGGAAGGAGCUUCUGUCCCAAAGUCUUCCCAUCUGGCAACAAGCCUGCACCGACACCGCCCUCCAGUCCCUCCAGUCCCUCCAGUCCCUCCAGUCCCUCCAGUCCCUCCAGACCCUGCCCAUGUCCCCGGCGCUGAGGCUGAGUGGAGCCGUCGGGCCGCAGAGGCUGAUGGAAGGCGGCGCCGGGCCGUCAAACGGCACAGCUAGCGACUACCAGCAGUGGGCGGAGUCUAAAGUGUCGACGUCCCCGCAGGUCCAGAGACACGUGGCGGACGUGUACUCCAACACGCUGCCCGUCCGCAAGGCGGCGCCCGCCAAGAGCAAGGCCUCGCUAACGGAGACGCGCACGCUGCCGCGCUCCAGCUCCAUGGCGGCGGGCCUGGAGAGGAACGGGCGGACGCGCGUGCAGGCCGUCUUCUGCCACGCGGCGGGCGACAACAGCACGCUGCUCAGCUUCAAGGAGGGCGACGUGGUCACGCUGCUGGUGCCCGAGGCUCGCGACGGCUGGCACUAUGGCGAGAACGAGAAGACGCACAUGCGGGGCUGGUUUCCUUUCUCCUACACCCGCGUGGUCUGCGAGGGCGACUUUCCUGCACGCAAGCUCCAGCACGCCAAGAGCAGCAGCACAGGAAACCUGCUGGAGAGGGAGGGCGCCAGACAGCCACGCCCCUACGGCGUCAUGCCCGCCUUCUCGCAGGCUGCGGUGGAAGACUACCAGCCCACUCGCUUCAGCAGCACCAGCUCUUCAGAAGUCAAACUCAUUUCUACAGUCUGAGACUCCGCCUCCUCACGCUUGACCCCGCCCACACCUGCCGACUGACGUGCUAUGACGUCACCAGAGGGCGACAUGCUAUGACGUCACCAGAGGGCGACAUGAGUGCCAAUAUGACACAUUUACAGUACAAGUAUUCAUGUAAAGA